AGUGAAAAGGCAGUUCACUCGAUUAACUUCGGAAUACGAAGAUGCAUCAAACUACACUGAGCAGGAUGUUGCCCUCGGCGGCGGUGUUGCUGGCCGCAGCGGUCGCCUGCACCGCGGCCACGCCCAGGAAGUGGGCGCUCCCCGCCGACCCCGCGCUGCUGGCCGCCUCGGCCGACGACCCCAGCUACCGCCUGCCCUCGGACCUGCGGCCGCUGCACUACGACCUGAGCCUGCGCCCCAACCUCGCGGGCGACUUCCAGUUCCACGGCUCCGUGGCGGUCGCCCUGCGCGUCCUGGCGGCCACCCCCAACGUGACCUUGCACGCGGAGGACCUCGAGGUGGAGGGGGACUCGGUGUCGGUGACGACCUCCGGCGCGGAGGGGGAGGGGGAGGAGGUCGAGGUCACGACCCGGUCGCGGGACGAGGACAGGAGCUUCUACACGGUGACCUUGGACAGCCCGUUGAAGCUCAACGGGGAGUACACGCUGAGGAUGAACUACACCGGCCACCACCGCGACUCCAUGCGGGGGUUCUACCGCAGCUCGUACCUGGACCAGGACAACAACACCGUGUGGCUGGCGACCACCCACUUCGAGCCGACGGCCGCCAGGAGGGCGUUCCCCUGCUUCGACGAGCCGGCGCUGAAGGCCACGUUCCGGGUCAGCAUCGCCGCCCCGCCGGGCCUGCGCGCCAUCUCCAACACUCCCGUGGCCAGCUUACAGCCCGAAGAGGAGUCCGGCCACACGUGGUACCACUUCGAGCGGACCCCCAUGCCCAUGUCCACGUACCUGUCCGGCCACACGUGGUACCACUUCGAGCGGACCCCCAUGCCCAUGUCCACGUACCUGGUGGCCUUCGUGGUGUCGGCCUUCGAGAACACGACCUCGGCGGACGGCUUCGCCUCCGUGUGGCUGCAGCCGGGCCUCGAGUCCCAGGGAAGGUUCUCCGCGGAGUUGGGCCCCAAGGUGAUCCGGGCCAUGGAGAACUUCACGCAGGUCCCGUACUUCCUGCCCAAGAUGGACGAGGUGGCCGUGCCGGACCUGUCAGACAACGGCAUGGAGAACUACGCCAUCGUGACGUUCAGGGAGAGGGUGGUCCUCUUCGAGGAAGGCGAGUCCAGCACGUCGGACAAACAGGAGACAGCUACGGUCGUGGCUCACGAGUUCGGCCACCAGUGGUUCGGGGACCUGGUGGGACCCAGGUGGUGGACCUACAUCUGGCUCAACGAGGGCUUCGCCACCUACUUCCAGUACUUCGGCGCCGCCAUGGUGGAGCCCAGCUGGCGGCUGGACGAGCAGUUCGUGGUGGACCAAGUGCACGACGCCUUCUCGACGGACGCCUACGCUUCGCACCCCAUGACCUUGGAGCACGUCUCGCCAGCGGACAUCACCAGGGCUUUCGACUCCGUGUCUUACGCCAAGUCUGGUGCCGUGAUCCGCAUGAUUGAGCACGUGAUGACCCACGACACGUUCAGGAAAGGCCUGACUCACUAUCUAAAAGCCAACGGGAACGACACGGCGCGAGACCAGGACUUGUUCGACUCGCUGGUUGAACAGUACUACAAGGACUUCCCGAACUCCAGAGUGGAUCUCCAGGACUUCCUGGUUUCCUGGGUUCGACAGACUGGGUUCCCAAUCAUCACCGUGACGAGAAACUAUACCGAAGGAACGGUCAAAGUGUCCCAGGAGAGGUUCAAGACGGGUGCCCAAGACACGUCGACGGCUGGGUCGAAUCAAACCUGGUGGGUGCCCCUCACGUACGCCACCAAGAGCCACCCGGACUUCAACAGCACCUCCCCCGUCGACUGGCUCACGAGGAACGACUCCGAGAAAUUGCUGGAGGGGCUGACCGUGGCCGAUGGCGACUGGGUCAUCUUCAACGUCCACCAAACAGGUUUCUACCGCGUGAGCUACGACGAGGCCAACUGGCGGCUGCUGGCGCGGCAGCUCGACAGCGACCAGUUCGAGGUCAUCCCGGCCGUGAACCGCGCCCAGAUCCUCAACGACGCCUUCGCGCUGGCCGAGGAGGGCCGGCUGGACUACGGGCUGGUGGUGGGGCUGCUCCGGUACCUGCCCCGGGAGACGGACUACAUCCCGUGGGCAGCGGCGCUCCAAUGCGUGACCACCCUCAACGACAAGGUCAAGGGGUCACCGGACUACAGCGUGUUCCAGGACUUCGUUCUCGGUCUCCUGAAGCCCUCCUACGACGCGCUGGGAUUCGACGAGAAGCCGUCUGACGACCACGUGACCAAGCUGCUCAGGACCCAGGUGGUGCAGUGGGCUUGCGACCUGGGCCACGGGCCGUGCGUGCAGACCGCAGUCUCCAAGUUCAGGGUCUUCAUGGGCGAUCCGGAGGGAAGCAGGGUGGAGCCGGACGUGCGCCGGACGGUGUACUGCUACGGCCUGCAGGCGGGCAGCUACGACGACUACGCCGCGCUGUGGAGGCGCUACCUGACCACCAAGGUGGCCACGGAGAGGAUGCUGCUGCUGCAGAUGCUGGUGUGCGCCGGCGACGAGACGGCUGCCCACGAGUACUUCAUGAACAUCAGGACCAACCACACCGGAAUCAAAGAACAGGACGUAUCUUACAUCACCGGUUGGAUAUACAGCUCUAACACGGCUAUAGAGAACUACAUCAGUUUCCUGGACAAGCACUUCGACGAUAUCACAAAAUACGAAAACAGCUCAACAGCUGUCCUCGGCGAAGUGGUAACACUUUCAUCCUUCAUAUGGACUAAGGAUCAGUACAACAAGCUGAGGCGGCUGCUGGAGAGCCACUCAGCGCAGCUGCACCUCGGGGGCGGCGCGGACGACUACCUGUCGCUGGCGCGGGCCGACAUGGAGGCGGCGGCGGCGCUGGGGCGGCGCGUGGCGGCGGCCAUCCGGGGCCUCGCCCCCGGACCGGCGUGACACCCCGAAAUGGGGCCGUGUCUCACGUGAUACUGGCUUCCAAAUUCUUCACUGAAACAAUG